UUGGACGGUCCCAGGUCAGGGCGCGCGGGGGCGGAAGCGGCGGAGCCGGCGCCAGCGGCUGCUGUCAGAGCUGGAGAGGGGCCGGGCGGAGCGGCCAUGGAGGGUCAGCGCUGGCUCCCGUUGGAGGCCAAUCCCGAGGUCACCAACCAGUUUCUCAAACAAUUAGGUCUACAUCCUAACUGGCAGUUUGUUGAUGUAUAUGGAAUGGAUCCUGAACUCCUUAGCAUGGUUCCACGGCCAGUGUGCGCAGUGUUACUUCUCUUCCCUAUUACAGAAAAGUAUGAAGUAUUCAGAACGGAAGAGGAGGAAAAAAUAAAAUCUCAGGGACAAGAUGUUACAUCAUCAGUAUAUUUCAUGAAGCAAACAAUCAGCAAUGCCUGUGGAACAAUUGGACUGAUCCAUGCUAUUGCCAACAAUAAAGACAAGAUGCACUUUGAAUCUGGAUCAACCUUGAAAAAAUUCCUGGAGGAGUCUGUGUCCAUGAGCCCUGAAGAACGAGCCAGAUACCUGGAGAACUAUGACGCUAUUCGAGUUACUCACGAGACCAGUGCCCAUGAAGGUCAGACUGAGUCCUCCUCGCCAUCCUCAUCACAGCCUCAUUCUAGCCACUGCAGAACGAAGGCCUCAUCAUUGUGUCACCAUGCAUCCCUGCCCUGGGUCAAACGUAACCAUGUAGGCCCUGCAAAAGCUACCAGUCCAUCUCUCCGUCUUCGUCGCUGGCGACCCUUCUUACGCCUACCAUCUUUGGGUCUCCAUUCUGUUGCCCCGAGUCCAGAUGAAAAGGUAGACCUUCAUUUCAUUGCGUUAGUUCACGUGGAUGGGCAUCUCUAUGAAUUAGAUGGACGGAAACCAUUUCCAAUUAAUCACGGGGAAACUAGUGAUGAAACUUUAUUAGAGGAUGCCAUAGAAGUUUGCAAGAAGUUUAUGGAACGUGACCCUGAUGAAUUAAGAUUCAAUGCAAUUGCUCUUUCUGCAGCAUAGCUUGUCAAUAAUGGAAACACCAAAUACUGUAUUAUUUGCAACAAAAAUUAAAUUUCUGCUGCCAUACACUAACUCAAAAAUUUUGAUAUUUUCAUUAACUUGACUGAUUAAACUUUAUGUGAAUUAAAUUUUGACUUAAUCCAUGUUUUGUAUUAUUUUUGCCCAAAAUUAAAGCUGCAGUUCUUUUCUUCCCUUUCUUUCUUGUGAAAGUUUUACUUCGUUUGAUGACUAGCAAUAGCUUUCUUAUUCUCUUUAAAGUUAAUGGGAGAUUUUGUAUUGAGACACAGGCACAGUUUCCCUCUGCAAAGUAAUGACUAUAUAUUAUAUCGUAUGUGUUAACAUAUUUAUUUAGGAAGUGUUUGUUGAGCAUCUACUUCUAAUGAGCUGUACACUGUUCUAGAUGCUGGAGUUACAGCAGUGAACACUAUCGACAAGUUCCUUAGUCAUGGAGCUUAUGUUCUUGUGAGGAGACAAAUAAGAAAUGUGUUAAUAAGAUAUAAACCAAUGAUAGAUGCUAUGCAGAAAAUUAAAGUCAUAUUUGUGUUAGAGAGUGACUGGGUGUGUCCUUUAGAUUUUCUGGUCAGGGAAAGCUUCUAUGAGGGGGUAACUUUGAAGUUGAGAUCUGAAUAGCAAAAAGUAUCCGGUCAUAGAAAUGUGGUGGGGAAGAGUAGAGGGAAUAAUUAAUGCACAGUCCCUAAAGCGGGGAAAUCUCGCUGUGUUGUAGGACGAGAAAGAAAGUUCAUGUGACCAGAGCAUAGAAAGUAAUGGGGAAAGGAGCAAGAGAUGAGGUCAGCGAAGCAGGAGCUUAGUGACACAGGAAUACAAGAAAAGGCAUUUGGAUUUAUUGCAGGUGUGAUGGUAAGCCAUUGGAGGGCUUUCAAGGGUGACCUGGUUCGAUUUUUAAUUUAGAAGAUCACUGUUGACUACUCUGUGGAUAAUAUAUUGGGAAGAGAGUUAAGAACAGAGGUAGACAGACUUGUGAGGAGCCCACUGCAUUAGUUCAGUGAGAGGUGGUGAUGGCUAGGUCUUAAAAGUAGUAGUAAUUUAGAGAGAGGUAUGUGAGCGAAUUUAGGGUGUGUUCUGAAGAAGUAAGGGCUUUAGUUGAGUCUUAAAGGAUAGGUGGAAGGCAGUGGAAAGGUGGAAGGUAUUUGUAAAGCUGAGUCAAAACAUGGUUGGUGUGACAGCACUGUCCUGUAUUUUUUUUUGUGAGAGUAUUGGUUACACAGGUAUAUACAUUUAUCAAAACUCAUUGAAUUGUUCAUUUAAAAUCUGUACUUCACCAUAUACUAUACACUUUACCUCAAAAAAAAGGGUUGGAAUGAGUAUAGCAGUAAGGAGAAAGACCAGAUUGGUCCAGAAUGAAGUUCUGAACUGAUAAAAUUGAGUGUAGAUGUUUAUACAUGAUUCACUGAGUUAACACAGAUUCCUUACACAGAUUCGUUCUGUCAUGUAAGUGGUAUUUUAGAAAGAGUAAUAGAGCAGUGGCUUGCAGAAUGGAUUAGAUCGUUGUUAUUCUCAGUGUAGUUACAUCAGUAUUACCUGGGAAGUUGUUAGAAAUAAACAAUUUCAGACCCCACCCUAGACUUGCUAAAUCAGAACCUGAAUUUUCAACAAGAUCCCUGGGUGGUUCAUAUGCAUAUUAAGUUUGGAAAGCACUGUAUUAGAAAAAAUAGACCAUAAUGAGGGAGAUCGCUUUGGAAGAUAUUUAAAUUUACCACCAUUCUAUGGUGAAGAGGGCCUGAAUGAAGUGAUUUCAAUAGGGAUGAAGAAAUAAUCUGAAACAACUUGAAAAACUGUGUAUGUGGGUGAUGUUUUCAUGAUGCAAUAACAACAACCAGUUCUACUCUGUUGUUAAGUUGUUUGCAUCUUGCUCUCAUGUCUAUCUUGUAUAUUAUCUUAAAUAUUUUAAAUAUUCCAAAACAGUUUCAUGCCUGUUGCCUUGCUGGAUUUCUCUUACUGUAUAAUUUCUUAAGUCCUUAAUCAGUGGCAUCUCGCUGAGAAUUUACAUAGUUUCUCAGUUUGCUAUGAAGAAUGCUAACUUGGCAGACUGUUAAUGAGCAAGAAGAGUUUGAGGUCAAGUACCUUUUGAAAACAUUUGAAGUUUGAAAAAAAACCAGAACUCCUCAGAGCUUUUUUUAAAAAAAUUAUUCUAUGUAUUAUGAAUAUCAUUUUCUAAACAUUUUAUGGAGCAGCAUUUAGGGCUAGCAUUCCUUUGCACACACUUUUAGAGUGAGAGUCCCUUGUGGAAUAUACAACUUGAAAAUUUUCUCUUGCUUCUCCCAUCUUAGAUUUAUGUCUAGAAUUUUAGUCCUUCAGCUGUAUUUCCUGCAGUACUUUGUUUAGUCACUUUCUUAAAUCUUGGCACUUAGUAGAAGAGAUUAAUGGUUAAUUUUGUAUGGAAACUUGUAGAGAGACACUAAGGGGGGUCAAAUUGUGGGUCAUUUCUGUAUAUUGCUGUUAAUGACCAUAAUAUAUUUGGGGGAAACAAUUAAAAUAAGAACUGAAACUUUUAAGUGUUUUUGCUUGGUGCACUUUUGGGAAUUGACUAAACAUCACCUUUCACUGGGUAUAAUGGUUUGUUUUAAAUUAUUGUAAAAGAGGAACAUUUAUGAACUCCAAAAUAUUUAACCCGUAGUAUUUACCAUGUUCAUUUGUGACUAAAGUUACCUGUAUUAUAUGGUGAAUUAAACAUUAAUAUGUCUCAAAACUA